GUCAACCGAACUCGGUCCGUACUUAUCGGCAGCCCCUUGUCCCAUCCAGACUUCCGGUACCACUGUACUGUACCAAUGCCAGAGCAGCAGUUUCCUGGUACUACCAUCACUCCCCACUCCCCAGAGUCCACGGAGUCCAGCGUGAGCGCUCGGCGCAGCAAAUCGGCAGCCAUGGCCGCGGCGGCUCUCACCCUCCUGCUGCUGGUGCUCCUCCCGGCGCGCCAUGCUCUCGCCACGGCGGCCGGCGACGCGCACCCGGGCUACGCGGGCGCGGAGGCCGACACCUGCGGGGCGGCGCCCGGCGGCUCUCCCCCUUCCGGAGGAGGCGCGGCAGGCCGGCGCCACGGCCCGGCGCUGGAGGAGUACGGGGGCGGGCGCAUCGUGGACAUCACGCACGCGUACCGCCCCAGCAUGCCGGCGUUCGCGCCCGGCGCGACGGUCGGCCCCCUCGUGCGCCUCAAGGCGUCCAUGGAGGACGGGUCGGAGUACAACCUGUCGGAGCUCCGGAUGGAGUGCCACAUGGGCACCCACGUCGACGCGCCGGGCCACAUGAACCAGGCCCACUUCGCCGCCGGCCUCGACGUCGACACGCUCGACCUCGAUGUCCUCAACGGUCCUGCCUUACUGGUCGAUGUUCCAAGACACACAAAUAUAACAGCUGAAUCCAUGAAAUCCCUAAAUAUACCGAAAGGUGUUCGUCGUGUUCUCUUCAGGACAUUGAACACAGACAGGGGGCUCAUGUGGAAGGCAGCUGGUGAUAUGAGUUAUGUUGGAUUUACAGAGGAUGGUGCACAGUGGUUAGUUGACAACACGGACAUCAAGCUAGUUGGGAUUGACUAUAUAUCAGUUGCUGCAUUUGAUCAUUUGAUCUCUGCCCAUGUGGCCUUCUUCAAAAAUGCGGAUAUCAUCCUAGUCGAAGCCCUGAAACUAGACAACGUGAAGACUGGACUAUACACGCUGCACUGCUUACCUCUGAGACUGGUUGGCUCUGAGGGCUCACCAAUUAGGUGCAUUCUUAUCAAGUGAUCACCCAUGGUGCAUUCUUAUCCGAGUGGCUGCUCUUGCCAAAGGCCGCAACGUAUCGUGCCCGCAGAUGCUACAAUAUCUUUGUCCACGGUCCGUCCUAGUGGAAAAAGAGAAUGCCUCUUGUCAUGCAUACAAGUUUGUAUUGUAAAAUGAACAAAAGAAAUAUAGCAGUACUACGAAUAAGCAAGUACUGCAAGACAGACUUAUAGCGACUCGUGUCAGUCUGUAACCAAUGAUGAACCACACGAAUUUGUUAGCUGUAUAAUUUCCAACCGGGUUCAGUAAUUUUCAAGUGCAUCUUCCUCUCA